AUGCCAAGGAUGUGGGAAGUCGACAGCGGAGCGACUCACCACAUCUGCAGCAACAAGGCCAAGUUUACCGUGCUGAAUGAGCAUGAUGAAGGUCAACUAUCGGUGGCUGACGGAAACAAGGCCGCAAUCAAGGUUGUAGGAGCCAUCACCGAGCGAGUGGUUUUGCCUAAUGGUAACGAGUGCGACAUUGAGAUUAAGGAUGCGCUGUUCGUGCCAAACAUGACCAAGAAUCUACUCUCGGUACCGCAGAUUAACAAGAGCGGCAAGUUUUAA